AUGCAAAAGUUGUCUCUUGUGUUUUUGGCCUUGUUGGCUGGAGUUGCUGGUAAGUUUUUUUUUGACAUUUUAUCAAUUUUUUAGGCGCAAAAUGUAAAACUAUUGGGUUUGUGACAUUAUUUUUUCAGUAAGUCAGUUUUCAAGUGGAAGCAACUUUUGUAGCGACGAAAAGGAUUUGGAGAAGAACUGCGGCCGUCUUCUGGGCAAAGGAGGAGAUUCUAGUUCUAGUAGCUCAAGCUCUGGCAGUUCCAGCGACAGUUCAAGCACCAGCAGCUCGGGUUCCAGCUCAAGUUCAGGCAGUUCAUCUAGCAGCUCUGGGGCCAGCUCUAGUUCAAGCGGUUCAUCCGGCAGCUCUGGGGACAGUUCUAGUGCAAGCGGUUCAUCCGGCAGCUCUGGAGACAGCUCCAGUUCCAGCUCUGGAUGUGGAAGUUCCAGCAGCAGCUCAAGCAGCAGCAGCGGCGACUCAGAUGACUCGAGCAGCACUGGAGAUUCUGUUGACAGUUCGAGUUCUGAUGACAGCGGAUCCAGUAGCUCAAGCAGCAGCAACUCAUGCGGUUCAAGCUCGGAAAGUGGAAGUUCUGAAGGCGGAGAUGGAGGCUACUGCUUGAUUCUCCAAUACUUCUACAACGUAUCUGUUGAAUUCAAAGACACUGAAGUCUACGAAUUGUGGUUGGAAUGGAUCGAUGAAGUUAACGUCACCAUCAUCUACAAUGUUGAACUUACUGAACAAGAACAACUUAUUGAAUUGUGGAGCAGUCUUCAAGCCUUCUUGUCUGUACACGUUGAAAUCCAAGAAACUAUCUACUACAUCUACAUUUCUGAAUGGGGAGGAUAUGUCCGCAACCUUGAAGCUGUCACAGUCUCAUUCUCUGCUCAAGUAACCAGUGUCUACAUCGAUUUGGAUGCCAGCGGCGAUUGUGAGAUCUUCGACGCUUUGCGCAACGGAACUUCUGGACAAUUGGCUACUUAUGUCGAGACUCUGAUCAGCGAGAUCACCGUUAUCCUCGAAGCUGACUACACUUACUCUUACCAACUUGUGUUGAUCUACGAGAAGAUCACCGCUUUCUUGUCAGAGUAUUCUCAGUACAGUGAAACUCUCUUCGCUAUUGAAAUUGAGGGGUAUGGAAGCUUCUACUCUUUCUACCAAGUCACUGCCUACUACUGGAGAGCCUACAACUUCAGCGUCGCUAUUGGAGGAUCUACUUCUGAUUGCGAGUUGAUCAAGGUUCUUACCGCCGCCUACGAGAACGUUUCGAUUGGAUCGACAACUGAAAGAGCUCAGAUCAAGGAGUUGGUUGAGACAUUGACUACUUACUUCGAAGAGUACACUGACGUUAGCGUUCGCAUCGAGUACUUCUACACUCAAUUCUACCAGUUCUUGAUCAUCCAAGACUGGUCGGUCAGCAUUCUCUACGGUUUGGAGAUUGAGGGAUACGGAGACAUCUACGAGCUCAUCUACGCCUAUGUUAUUGUAAGUGAUGGUUGUGAAUAAUAGAAACAUAGAUUUUUUAAAAAAUAUAGAUUUUCGUGUUGCAAAAGAUUGGCAAAAGACGCUAGUGUUGGAUGUGUAAUAUUUAGUGUAAUAUAUUGAGAUUGUGAACCAUUUUAGGAAGUUAACAUUGGCAUUGACUUCACCAACCCAACCACAACUACUACUGUAGCUCCAGCCAACUGUGACGUUGUUGACCAGAUCAACAGCUUAUCCGCUAACACUACAGACUUGUUGACCUCUAUCACAACUGCUCAAGAAUCAUGGAACGCUACCGAGAUUCAGAGAUUUGCUGCCUACAAAAACAGAAUCUACGUUGUCUCCAGUAACACCACCGCCACACUCGCAGACAAGUUCACCAACAUCCAAGCUGUCUUGACAUCGUGGACUACCAAUGAAUUCUACUUGAACUUGGUAUACAGCAUCCAGAUCAUCCAAUGGGGCGGUACUAUCGAACAGGCUGUCGCUUGUUGA